GACGAGAGGCUCAGAGACAGACAGAGACAGUGAUUAUUUUAAAGGACCUUCAUCUUCAUCAUCUUCAUCCCUGAGACAUCUGAACACCUGCACAGAGCCAGGUGAGCCGGAGGAGUCUUUUCCUGAAGCCGCAGCCCAUUCCACACCUAAACAGGGAGGGGAGGGCGGGCCGUCCCAGAGCCAGGCUCAAGGCUCAUUGGCUGAGGACUCAACGAGUCACCUGUCAUCGAGCAGUCGGAUUGCUCGGUCUCCAGCCAGAAACCCGCUGAGCUUCAGGACGAUGCAGACCAAGGUGACCCUACUGGAUGGGUCACUGUUCACCUGCACUAUGGAGAAACGUGCUCGUGGUUCACAGCUGUUUGAGAAAGUUUGUGAACACAUGAACCUGCUGGAGAGGGACUACUUUGCUUUGUCCUUCAGAGACGCUGACAAUAACAAGAACUGGUUGGAUCCAGCGAAGGAGAUGAAGAAGCAGGUCAGAGGAGUUCCCUGGAACUUCUCCUUUAACAUCAAGUUUUACCCUCCUGACCCCGCCCAGCUCUCUGAGGACAUCACCAGGUACUUCCUGUGUCUCCAGCUCAGACAGGAUAUAGUUUCUGGUCGUCUUCCAUGUUCGUUUGCGACUCACACCGUCCUCGGCUCCUACACCAUCCAAUCAGAGCUUGGAGACUACGAUCCUGAGGAGUGUGGGUCCGACUACAUCAGUGAACUGUGCUUUGCUCCAAAUCAAACAAAGGAAAUGGAGGAGAAAAUCAUGGAGCUGCACCGAACAUACAGAGGAAUGACACCAGCUGAGGCCGAGAUGCACUUCCUGGACAAUGUAAAGAAACUUUCCAUGUACGGAGUCGACCUUCAUCACGCUAAGGACUCUGAGGGCGUGGCCAUCAUGCUGGGUGUGUGCAGUAGCGGUCUGCUGGUCUACAGAGACAGACUGAGGAUCAACAGAUUCUCGUGGCCAAAGAUCCUGAAGAUCUCCUACAAGAGGAACAACUUCUACAUCAAGAUCCGACCUGGGGAGUUUGACCAGUUUGAGUCAACCAUUGGUUUCAAGCUGCUGAACCACAGAGCAGCUAAGAGGCUGUGGAAAGUGUGUGUGGAGCAUCACUCCUUCUUCAGGCUGAUGUCUCCAGAAGAGACCCCAAAGAAGUUUCUAACGCUGGGUUCAAAGUUUCGUUACAGCGGUCGGACUCAGAUUCAGACUCGCAGAGCCAGCGCUCAGAUCUCAAGACCUGCACCACAUUUCCCUCGAUGCAUCAGCAAGAGGAACAUUCUGAGCCGCAGCCUGGAUGGAGAUAUGGGUACAGGACUGUAUGCAGCAUCUAAAGCCAUUGCUGUCAGUGACCUCAUCAACACAGUAACACCCGAGAGGACGGUGGAGGAGAGGAGGGCGGAGCAAGUUGAGGAGGUGCUGAUGGUAGAGGAGGAGGUGCAGGAGAGGAUGGAGGAGGAAAAAGAGGAGGAACAUCAGGAGGAGGAGGAGGUGGAGACAAAAGUGACAGAGAUUUCACAGCAGAGUCCUCCGACUCCUCAGAAACAGGACACCAAGACGGAGCUGACUGAUACAGCGGUGGAAGGAGACCUGACGGCGACCGAAUCUGAUCAAGACGAGGACUUGAGGACUCAGGAGACGUUGGGGAGUCCGGAGGAGGAGCAGAAACCUCAGAGCACCAUCAGUGCUCUCAGACGCUCCUUCUUAGAGGGAGGAGGAGGAGCAGAAGGAGGAGGAGGAGCGAUGACAGAGUGGGAGAAACGUCUCGCCUCGUCACCUCUGCGACGAUUUGACGACUCCCCGAUGAUCGAACCGCUGGAACCAGAAGAGCCCAAACCCACAUUUGAUGAAAUGUCUCCUGAGCUGACGGCUCUGCUGAAAUCAGCCAGAGAACAAAAAACCUUCAGAGAGCACAACCUGCUCAAGGUGCCUGCCUGUCUGUCUGUCUGUCUGUCUGUCCCACUUUGUCGUCUUUAUAUGUCCACGGAGGAUUAA